GGAUCUGUUUCCGGUAGCGGCGGUGACUCGUCAGCAAGGCUUUGAGGAACGCGAAGCGAGGUAUUGAGGAGUCUGGACCAGCUAGGUCCUGUAGUACCUAGCGAGCAGAUAUGGCGGCGGCUUUUCGCAAGGCGGCUAAGUCCCAGCAGCGAGAACACCGAGAGCGAAGCCAGCCUGGCUUUCGAAAACAUCUGGGCCUGUUGGAGAAAAAGAAAGAUUACAAACUUCGUGCAGAUGACUAUCAUAAAAAACAAGAGUUCCUCAAAGGUCUUCGAAAGAAGGCUCUUGAAAAAAAUCCAGAUGAAUUCUACUAUAAAAUGACUCGGGUUAAGCUCCAGGAUGGAGUUCACGUUAUUAAGGAGAAUAAGGAAGAAGUAACUCCAGAACAGCUAAAGCUAAUGAGAACUCAGGAUGUCAAAUAUAUAGAAAUGAAAAGGGUUGCUGAAGCUAAGAAAAUUGAAAGACUAAAAUCAGAGCUCCAUCUGCUGGAUUUCCAGGGAAAGCAACAGAAUAAACAUGUGUUCUUUUUUGAUACCAAAAAAGAAGUUGAACAGUUUGAUAUUGCCACUCAUCUACAGACAGCCCCAGAACUAGUUGGAAGAGUCUUUAACAGACCCAAGAUAGAGACCUUGCAGAAGGAAAGAGUGAAAGGAGUUACCCAUCAGACUCGACUUAAGCGGAUAGCUAAAGAAAGACAAAAGCAAUAUAACUGCCUGACACAGCGGAUUGAACGAGAGAAGAAAUUAUUCGUUAUUGCACAGAAAAUUCAAACACGCAAGGAUCUUAUGGAUAAAACUCAGAAGGUGAAGGUGAAGAAAGAAACAGUGAAUGCCCCAGCCAUUUACAAGUUUCAGAGCCGUCGGAAGCGCUAAAGUGUUAUAGAUAAGCCUUAUUAUCAUUUGCAUAAAAAAUAAUUCAAUUUUUAGUAAUAACUUCAAAUUCCAUUAUUUCAGAUGAGAUCAGUCAUAUUCUGGGUGGCAUGGUCAUAGGCCUACCUAUUAGUUCAAAUGGCAUGGCUUUCCUGUUUAUAACCAUGAAUUAUUAUUGAUGUCUUUCCGUGAGCAAUAUUAAAGCCCCUUCCCCGUAUCAUUGUU